AUGCAGGAGAUUAUUUCAAUGAUUGAUCAUUUUGAUUGUGUAGCCUCGCUAGCUGUUACUGAUAUGCUCAUAGGGGUGGUUGUUGUUCCAUUUUCCUUAUAUCAGGAAGUUACUGGACAGUGGCCCUUCGGAUACUAUUGGUGUCAGAUACACUCUGCCCUUGAUGUACUACUGUGUACUUCUUCAAUUCUUCAUCUCUGCCUAAUUGCAUUGGAUAGAUAUUGGUCGAUAACCAAGGCCAUAGAAUACGUCAACUGGAGGACUCCUAACAUCUGUUGUUUGAUGCUGAUAACAGUUUGGACACUGAGCACCAUGAUUUCUGUUCCUCCACUCUUCUACCCACCCUGGGGCAUACCUUACUCUUUCCAGGAUGAGGAAGGUUGUGAUUGGUCCUUCCCUAUCAACCAAACAUCAUCUUCUCAACAAAUCAAUUCUUUAAAUCAAUCAAACUCAGAUGAUCAGCCAACAUGCUAUUUAAGUGAGACUACUGGAUAUGUGAUGUACUCUGUGUUUGGAAGUUUUUAUAUUCCUACCUGUAUCAUGGUAUUCGUCUACAUCAAGAUAUUCAUUGCUGCAAGGAAAAGGGCAAUGAAGAAUGUGACUUCUAGACAUGAAACUAAAGAAAAUAUUGAAAUGACACAAAAU